GCGAGAUUCGAAAGGUCGAAAAGUCUGUAAAUGAAUUGCAGGCGAUACACGUGUGUAAUAUGCACGAAGUACCAGUGAAUGACUCGUUCAAAAUUGCAUGUAUUUCCUUUGUCAUAUGGUAACAUAUUUACCAUAUAAGAAGCAUCUCUGAUUCAAUUUAAUGCAAAAUUGCAAGGAUGACUGAAAGUGAAAAGUCGUUGGAAGAUUUCUUUGCUAAGAAAAGCAAGAAGAAGGGUGCUAAAGGAAAGGCGAAGAAGUUUACGACAACCGAUGAGAUCGCGAAAAAGCUAGUUGAGCAAGACACAUCAUCCGGACCGAGCAGUCUUGGAUCGGCAUCUACUGAUGUUGCGACAAAAAAGGCCAAAGCUUCAGCUGAGGUAAACAAAGAAGAAAAUGAAGAAGAUCAAAUGAACUAUCGUUUCAGGGAUGAUGAUGAAUGGACAGAUUUCAGAGAUGAUUCACAAAAAGACUACAGUGGCUUAAAAAUUCAGGCUCUUCAGGUGACUGAUGAACCACCUGAAGCAGAAGAUGAAGAAGAAGAAGUUGAUGAAAAUGGAGAACCGAUAAAGACGAAAGGUCAAGGAGCAUCUGGGCCAUGGAAUAAGGCAUCUGAUACUACUCCAGCUCCUGCUCCUGCUCCCGCUCCAGAACCGGAACCUGUCAAAGAAGAACCAAAGCCAGUAGUUACAUCAGGGAAGUAUGUUCCACCUAACAGGCGAGGUGCUUCAGCCGCCAGUGCACCACCAUCAUCUAGCGUAGCUGCAUCAAAUGCUAGGCUUGGCAUUAAAAGCAAGGGGAAGGCACCACAGAUAAACAGUGAAUUUGAAUUCCCAACAUUAGCUGCAAGUUCAGAUCUAGUAAAGCAUAGUAAUAAAGUUGAGGAUGCAACCUUUUCAACUGUAACAAAAGGUGGACAAGCAGUGGAUGGUGCAAGUAGUAAAGGUGGAGAUUUACAACUAGGAAAUCGCUUCGCAGCUCUAGGAAAUUGACCUCUCCUAGGAAGUACGGGGUCAGCUUGAACAUUUACAGAUGCUGUGAACAGAGACAUAUUUUUCUAAUGUGCAAGAUAUCACAGACAUUGAUCUCAAGGAAUGUUUUUGAGUAUAGGCUCAGAAUCGACACUGGUGUACUUUGUCCUUGUUUUCUGCAGAGCCAGCAAUCAGCAUAUUAUAAUUUAUAGCUCUUCCAGGAUGGUAUAACUCUGCUUGAUUGCUUCAGCAUCACGUCAACAAGUUGAAAUGCAAAUGCUAUUGUCUACUAAUGUCAAAUGUAUAUCAUAGAUCUACUGCAAGUAAAUUUCAUUACGAUUAUUUGCAGUAAAAAAGUAAAUUACAGUGAAUGGAUCAUGUUGACAUGCCCAUCAAUUCAAAUCUGUAUCUGAACUUUUUGCCAUUUAUUAUGUAAUGUUAUUCUAUGUGGAAAUAACAUUGAGAUGUGGGCAGUAUCUGAUGUCAUGUGACAACAAAUUGUUCAUUUAUUUGAUCAUGAAUGGUGCUCACUUUUUAAGUGUGCCAAGAAAGUGCAUUCCUUGAUGUGUGAUGUCACAUUUUCACUUGUUUUCUAUUAUUACGUGAAUGUUAUCAUCGUGCAUUCAAGGUCAUCACUACUUCAAAAUAAUGAUUCUGUGUGAGGAACAUUAAGGUGACAAUGAUUAUUGGUACUACAUGCAGGUCUAUGAUUGAGAUGAAAUCAAGUUAAUGUAGUAAAGUGUUCUCUAGACACACUUGUUAAAAAGGAAAGUGCUAGGAAAGUAUCCUGUUAAUUUUCUCUCUCUGUCUCUCUCUUUAUUAUGAAAUGUUUAUGAGAAUAUGAAAAAUACCAGGGAUGUCAGGGUUUAUGUUGUGUAGCACAUAAUUCAUUUGGCUUUAGCAUGUUCUUGCUUAUUUUCAGGCCCAGUAAUCAAGACCGACUGACAUCCUUGAAAUUUGAGAACAUAUAAUCUUCAAAUUUACUAAGAGAAUUAUAGACAAGAAAUGAAACUUUACACACCCUAAAUUACUGUGCAGCAGAUUAUGUGUGUAUGUACCAGUGGUACAUAGAUAUAUUCUCCUAUGUUAAAUGUACUGUAACAGUUUUGGGAUCCCAAGUAGAUGUAAGCCACUAUUAAAUGCCUGUUAUAGUCACUAUAACAAAUAUUUACAAUAAUGAUAAUUUCAAAGUUAUAUUAGCAUGUUUAUAAUUUAUAUUACUUUACUGCAAGCUUAUAAGAUGGGAAAUUGUUCUGAAACUUGUCAAAUCAUUUGCAUUUGAACAUCCCAUUCAUUCAUUAACAGUUAACAUUGUAAAAGCAGUCCAAGGUAAUACACAAUGUACGCAUGGUACCAUUGAUGUGCGCUGAUGUCAUGUACUACUGUAAUGUACUUUCUCUGGCCAUUGAUCAUAUGCGACUUUGUACACACAAAAAAGUGCAAAAAUUGUUGUGUGACUUAUUAUCACCCAUUUUUCCAUGUCAGGAAGAGCCAAAUGUUACCAAGCAGAAAUCUUUGUUUGAAUAUGAAUAGAUCUAAUUAUUAUUAGGAUGUGAAAUUCACAACUAACUUGUGCCCAAAACUAGGCAUAUUCAAUGCUACGACUUUCUGUCAUUACUUUCUGUAGACUUGUAUUUGUAAUUAAACCGGUGAGUCAGUCAGCCCUAGAUAAUUAAUGUGGACCAUAGCAGUCUGUUCAAUUUAGAAGAGGUAAUGCAUCAUAUUUUAUACAAUCUGGUCAGAAAAGUACUUCCACUUGGAUAGUUAUUUGAUUUGACAUGUGCAGACUUAACUAAUUACCUGUAA